AAAUUUUCCAUAUUUGUUAUUUAAUAAUACUUUUUCACUUGUCACGUAUCUGACGUCCGAAUAAUUCUGAUUUUUUUGUGUUGUAGGGCUUGUGUCUUGACUUGACCGUUGAAAAACUCCAAAUCCAAAUCCAAAUCCAAAACUGUUCAAUUUUAUAGGUUACAUGUUGAUUGACGAUAUAUUAUCACAAUUUUGAAAGUUUUUAAAUUUCAAAAUAAAUUGAAUUGAAGUUUUAUUCUUCUACAAAGUUUAUAUGUUUAUGUAAAUAAAAUUGAAUAAGGUAGACCAUUUAACUACGAAAUGUUCUAUAAAGUUUAUUUUAUACUUCUUUGCCUAGUUAGGGUACUAGACGAUGUCUGGAUUGUGUUUCAGAUUUCUAUUUAUACUGCAGCAAACAUGGAGCAAGGGAUCAAAUACAACUAUCCAAUCAAGGAGAAAUUUGACAGAACCAGAGUUUCAGCCGAGCGAUUUAUACAAGUGAUUACUUCUAAUAACAAGAGGCUAACCAUUCUGCAGGCAACCACCGCCCUAGAGCCAGUGGGCAGCCGAGCGACGACUCUGUCACAGUAGUCAAGUGCCCCCUGUAGCUGUCGCCGUCCCCAGGGGCCCGCGAGAUGGAUGGAGGCGGUGGGAAUGCGAAAUGAAUAACAGACGCGGGCCCGGUGAUGGUGAGAAUACUGAUGCUGGACUGAUGAACGUGCCAACUCCACUGAUACCUCACCAUAUUAUUUGUUUUACAUAGAGCAAUCCAAUAUUUUUUAUACACUUAUGAAGUGUUUUAUCAAUAAACAUAAUAAAUAAUAAGUGUAUUUGAACAAACGAAAUUAACACUUGAAAAGUAAUGUUGUCUGUUUAUGUAAAGAGUUUGUCACAUUUUAUACUCUGAAAUUGUUUUAUAUAAUUUCAUUAUAAUUCUCAUAAUGUGUAAUAGAUUGCAUAAAAUUGUUAUUAAAAA